GAUGGUGCGAAAAGCAUGAUAGUAUGAAAGUAGAACUGUCAGGUCGAUGGCUGUAAAGGUGUUGACAUGUGCUGACUGACUGUCAGGAACGAGGAAAACAUACGGAAUGUGGUUAUCUCAGAACAUGCUGCUACGGUUCAGACUGAGUACAAACGAACUGAAAAAUGGAUAUUUUUUCGUAGGACGCUGAAGACCUGGUGAUUAGUUUCCUUCGCGGUUUCCUCAAGUGUUGUGAGACACGAUUUUAAUGCUUUUAAUGGUACCAUCACGAAACGUGUUGCCAAGUAGUAGCGUGAUAUUUUACAAUUAAUCAUGGCUUUGUUGGGUAUGCCAAAUGGUACUCCCUUAGGCAGCAUGAUCACGGAAACCGAGCAGAUAAUUAGUCAGCUUGAACGAGGAACGGUGGUAACAAAGUUUUUCCAGCGCAAGCGACCAGAAAGGAAAACACUAAUGCUUCGACGGGAAACUCGGCAAUUAGUCUGGGCCCGUACAACAAAUAUAAGGACAUUUGAAGUAGCUGUGGACUUGAGGGAAGUAAAAGAGGUUCGCAUAGGAAAAAACUCAAAGGAUUUUGAAAAAUGGCCAGAGGAAGCAAAGCGAAUGGAGAAUUUAAAAUGUUUUGUUAUAUAUUAUGGCUUAGAAUUCAGACUGAAAACACUAUCAAUAGCAGCUUUUUCAGAAUCGGAGUGCACUUUGUGGAUAAGAGGCCUUGACUACUUGGUUAACGAUACAAUAAGAUCACCAUACCCACUCCAGGUUGAGAGAUGGCUCCGUAAAGAAUUCUAUAAAAUGGAAAGUGGUAGAGAAACUGUCACACUGAAAGACCUAAAGGCAUUCCUUCCUCGUGUCAACUGCAAAAUUCCAACAAAUAAACUUCGGGAUGUCUUUCAGGAAGUCGAUACAAGGAAACGAAUGGAGCUAGGAUUUGAUGAUUUUGCUACUCUUUACCAAAAGCUUAUGUUUGAUAACAAUAUGUAUAGUGAAAGUUUUAGUAAGUUAUUCUCUGAUUACUCUGAAAAUGGUAAAACAGUAACAUUGCAAGAAUUUCAAAGUUUUCUUAGUCAAGAGCAGAGAGACCCAAUGGGAGAUGAUGAAAGAGAAGUUUCUUCCUUUAUGAGAAAUUAUUUGCAAGAUUCACAGCGAAAUGUCCAGGAGCCAUACUUCACAAUCUUUGAGUUUAUGGAUUUUCUUUUCUCGAAGCAAAAUGAAAUUUGGGAUGAACGAUAUGAUAAAGUCUACCAAGACAUGACGAAACCAUUGUCACACUAUUGGAUUGCUUCAUCACACAAUACAUAUUUAACAGGUGACCAAUUCUCAAGUGAAUCAUCCUCUGAAGCUUAUGUUCGCUGUUUACGAAUGGGUUGCCGAUGCAUAGAACUAGACUGCUGGGAUGGUCCUGAUGGUAUGCCAUUCAUCUACCAUGGGCAUACUUUAACGACAAGAAUAAAAUUUCUGGAUGUUGUUAAAACUAUCAAGGAACAUGCAUUUGUUACAUCAGAAUACCCACUAAUAUUGUCCAUAGAGGACAACUGCUCUGUACCACAGCAGCGCAAGAUGGCAAAAGUAAUGAUGGAAGUGUUUGGGGAAAUGCUACUCGUGCAGCUUUAUGAGAAGAAUGAAAGUCAACUGCCAUCACCACACCAGCUACGGCGUAAAAUUAUAAUUAAGCACAAAAAACUCCCAGAUGGUGUUGACGAGGAUGCUUUUAUGAGCAAAAAUGAUGAUGCAAGGGACGUAGAUCUCAGAAACACAGUUAAAAAUGGCAUCUUGUAUCUGGAAGACCCUGUGGACAAGGAAUGGAAUAAACACUUCUUUGUAUUAACAAAAAAUAAAUUAUUUUACACCGACUCCUUUCAUGAUGAGCAAGAAGGUGAAGGAGAGGAAGAAGAGGAAGAGAGUGGUUUUCAUAGACCUAAGGAGGGCAUUCCAAAUGACGAUCUGCACUUCAGUGAAAAAUGGUUCCAUGGAAAACUGGCGAGUGGCAGAACAGAAGCAGAGACGUUACUAAAAGAUUACAGUCAUUUGGGAGAUGGCACUUUCUUAGUUCGGGAGAGUGAAACCUUUGUUGGUGACUACUCUCUCUCUUUCUGGCGGCAAGGAAAGGUCAACCAUUGUCACAUUAGGUCAAAGCAGGAAAAUAAUCAAACAAAGUACUACCUCAUUGACACAAAUUGUUUUGAUAGCCUGUACAGCCUGAUCACUCAUUAUCAAUCACAUCCACUUCGUAGUCAGGAGUUUCUCAUCAAGCUGCAGAAACCUGUUCCUCAACCAAAUAAACAUGAAGGAAAGGAAUGGUAUUAUCCUCAGGCAACAAAACUAAAAGCGGAAGAACUACUGAAAAGGGUUCCUGCUGAUGGAGCAUUUCUCGUGAGACCAAGUGAAUCUGAUACUGAUGCAUAUGCUAUAUCAUUCAGGGCUGAGAAAAAGAUAAAACACUGUAGAAUAAAACUGGAAGGACGGCUGUACACAAUUGGAACAUUUCAGUUUGAAAGCCUAGUUGAGCUUGUGAGCUAUUAUGAGAGACAUCCCCUCUACCACAGAACAAAGCUCCGAUAUCCAGUCACAGAGGAAUCUAUCAGCAGAAUGGCUCAUAAUCCCGAUGACUGCUCUGUGUAUGGUACACCAGGAUAUAUGGACCCCAGCAGCUUCACAUCAAGGAUAACCGUCAAGGCACUAUACGAUUACCAGGCACGUAACGAUGACGAAUUAUCUUUCUGCAAGCAUGCUGUAAUAACAAAUGUUAACAAACAAGGAAACAGUGGCUGGUGGCGUGGAGACUAUGGAGGAAAGAAACAACACUGGUUUCCUUCGAACUAUGUGGAAGAAUGGGAUUCUCAAGAGAACAGAGAUGAUAAUUCUUCUGAUUCACUACUCCUUGGCAGUCUUCAGAAGGGCAGCCUUGAUGUGAUGGGUGCUAUUGUUGAAGUACAUCGAAAUGAUCGCCCGGGACUGGAGUGGGUACUACGUAUACAAAAUCCAAACAUGUGCUCAGUAUUUGAAGUAGCUGUACCUAGGAUAGAACUUGCUGUUGAAUGGAGGAAUGCCAUUAAGGAAGUGGCACAAAAUGCCAGUGUACGGGAAAAUCAACAUAAGGAAAUGGAGAAACAACUAAGAAUAGCCAAAGAAAUGUCUGACUUGAUAGUUUAUUGUCGAUCUGUAGCGUUUAACAUGGAAAAAUUCAGGAGAGGCUUCAAUCAUUGUGAAAUGUCAUCAUUUCCUGAAACUAAAGCUGAAAAACUGAUAUGUCAGCAAGAGACAAAAUUCUUCUUGAAAUAUCAUCAGCACCAGUUCAGUAGAAUUUAUCCAAAAGGUCAAAGAAUUGAUUCCUCCAACUACAUCCCUGUUCCAAUGUGGAAUGCUGGCAGUCAGAUGGUAGCUCUUAACUAUCAGACACCAGAUAAAGCAAUGCAGCUGAAUCAAGGAAAAUUUCGUCAGAAUGGGUUCUGUGGAUAUUUACUACGGCCUGAUUUCAUGUUCCUUGAAGACUUUGACCCAUAUGAUAAGAAAACUUUAGUUGGAGUAGAUCCACUGAAUAUUUCUGUACGUGUAAUUUGUGCACGCCAUCUCAGCAAAUGGGGUAAAGGAAGGGCAAGAGGGACUGUUAGUCCUUUUGUUGAAAUUGAAAUGAUUGGUGCGGACUUUGAUAACAAAAGCAGGAACACUCAACCAGUUUCUGACAAUGGUUUUAACCCAGUUUGGAAUGAAACGUUUGACUUUGAGGUUUCCAAUCCUCAUUUUUCCCUGCUGAGGUUUGUUGUCCAGGAUGAGGACAUGUUUGGAGACUCAAAUUUCAUUGGACAAGCAACCUACCCAGUGCUCUGCCUCCGAACAGGAUACAGAAGUGUUCCACUGAAAAAUGGCUAUAGUGAAGAUCUUGAGCUAGCAUCAUUGCUAGUUCAUAUUAGUAUAACAAAUCCAACGGAAAGCAGGGAAGUGCUUCAAAGUACUGCCUUUUCUUGUGUAACUGCCGGAGGAGACAGUGAAGACUGAAAUACCAAGUUGAUGUGGAUUUUCUGCAAUGAGAAGGGUGAACAAAGGUGACUUUCUACAACUUGAUUGUGAAAUACUUGGUUUGAAACCAAUGUGCAUUUAAUGAACAAAAGGAUUGUUCAUAACUGAACUCUUAUAAUGUUGAAUAUUUGCAGAUCUACUCUUUGUUAACUUUGGUGUUCGUUUUUGUCAUUUGUUGUAUGUCAGUAUUGCACCUACUUGUAGGUCUGCUUUUUAAGAAAUGUAAUACCAUACACAAAAGUUUGGGCAACUGUAUGCAGAAGUUUGCUGUUUUAGAAAAGGUAGUAGUUGUGGCCUUAUUGAUGGUUCAGUGUAUAGGUGUAUUUGCUCAUGUAUUUAUGAAUGAUACAGUUUACAAUAUUCUUCCAAAGUUUUUUCACAAACAACCUGCUGAAAAGGUGUGUCAUUGUAUCUGUACCUGACUAGUUCGUUUUAUAUGAUACGGAAUAUGGAAGAUUCUGUUACAAAAAGGAUGAUACUAGAUGCCACUAAGGUUCAAUGGAGAGCCUUCUUUUUAAUCAUAAAGGUAUGUGCUUGUUUAAUAUUUAAUAUUUUUCAAAUGCAGGAUAUGUUUUUAUCUUUAUUGUACAAUGUGUGCUUGUGUGCAAAAUGUAACUGGUUCCUUAAGCUUUUAGAAGAGCCACAUGUCAAUAGUUAGUUUGAAAUAAUAUGUGUCUGUAUCAUACACGCAACAGUAUUUCUGUCAGGCCAAUAACUUAUAAUAAAUUGCAUUCACUAAUGAGUGGCUUAAUUUUUAAAUGAUCUGAUUAUUAUAGUAAAGGAAUAAACAUAGAGGGAAAACCCUAGAGAAGAAAGAAUAUGACAGUUAUGCUAGAGUGUUUGUGUGCACAAGAUGUGCCAAGUAAUGAUACGAACUGUAAGGUGGUUAUUAGUGUGAAAGAAGGCAGGGGAAUAACAUGUUCAUGGGAAAUAUUAACUGAUAAAGUGCUUUAGGUCUCACAUUCAUGGUCUAGUUUGUUAGAUGAGAAUCUCUUCCUGAUUCAUAAUAUGUAUUUCAUUAUAAUGAGUUAGUAACAAUGUUUCUUCUCAUGCAGUUUUUUUGUUUCUAAGUGUGCCUUUGCCAUACUUAAUGUGUGCAGUUAUUAUUUGAUCAUAUUUUAUUCUGUAAGAGUUGAUGCCAUUUUUCCUAAGAAAAAGUGCUUAAUUGAAAUAUUGUGUGUUUCUCUUCAUGCAUUACAUGAUAAGACUUGUUUUUUUGUUGGUGAGAAGUGCUCGAAUUCACACUGUGUGCAUGUGUGACAGAGAGAAAGGGUGGGGGGGGGGGGAGCAGUGUGUAUGGUGGAUCAUUAAAUCUUUAUAGUUCAGAAGCAUUGUUAUGAGGCAAUUUCUGUUAUCUUCAUGCUAGAAGAUAGUUGUUUGUGUUCCAGACUAUUACUUAUUUGUCAGUUACACUAUUAAUAUGAAUAAGGAUUGACUGAUACUCGCCACCUAGAGGAGGCUGUUCAACACACCUGCUCUAAGUGAUGAAUGGAAUCUGUCCUGGUUUUCCAUUGUUCAAUUACAUUAUUGUUGGCUUACAGUAUACGUAAAUUUAUUUAUGUUAAUUGAUUAAAUUUGUAUAAAUUAUUGUAAUGUGAAUUGCAUCUGCAAAAAAUGUAUAAUUAUAUCUUGACUUAAAUAUCAACAGUAUGACAGGGCAAUGCUAAUUAUUUGUAGAGGAGAACACUAACACAAAAAAUUAUCUGUGAAACUGCGGACAUUGUUAAUUUAAUUAUAUGUCAUACCGCUUGUUAUGAAAAUGGCACUGCCUGAUCACAAAAUGUAUCAAAGACAAUCGAAGCAUGGUAUAAUAAAUGUGGAGACUGGACUACUUUCAAUAGAACUAAAGACUACCAUGCUUUCAAUUGGAACAUAAUUGUAAACAGUACAUGAUUCUGAUAAUGUGUCAUUACAGUUUGCUGUAAUGUUGAUGUUAAGAAAUGUACAUGCCUAUGAUUAGUAACUUAUGAGUAUCAUGUGAAUUGCUGAUGUUUACACUGCCUCCUCUUUGGUUGGUGUAGUUACCCUGUUCUAUUGGUGUGUGUGAAGCAAGGCGUUAGUUAUAACAUUUAUUAUUAAAGCUGCAACGAGUCACAAAAUUUAACUUGACCAAUUACCGUUGUGGAUAUAUUAUAAGGGGCAUUCAAAAAGAAUGAGCCGGAGGCACAAUUACAGAAACCAGCACCUGUAUGUUAGAAGUAUUGACCCUGGCUGUUGAGACAUUUGUCCCACUGUGCCACAAGACAGUGAAUGGCUGUCUCAUAAAAUUCCCGGGGCUGCAAUGUUAACCAGUUCGCUGGGUGUCGUCAUCCAAGGUGAAUCAUUUGCCUCUCAGAACCUUUUUAAGGGGACCAAAAAUAGUAUAAUCACAGGGAGAGAGGUCCGAACUGCAGGAGUGCUGUGACUGUGUUGGCCGUAUCAGUCUUUGCAUUGUCGUGGAGUAGAAUGACCCCACAGGUGAGAUUGCCUGAUUGUUUUGAUUUGAUCGCUUUGUGAAGGGUGGUCAAGGUUUGCUAGUACUGCUGGGAAUUCACUGUUGUCCCAUGCUGCAGGAAGUGAAACAGAAGGGGUCAUCUUGGUGAAAGAAGAACGUCAGCAUAACCUUUUCUGCACUCGUGUGGAUGAUUGAUGCAUGCUGCUGCUAGCUCUGUAUAGUCGUGUGACGUACAUGCGUGCCCUCUAGCGAAGGGCUGUGAACUUCCAUGCUCUGGUCAGAACCACACCUCAUUACACACACCAUGAUAUUACCAGUUUGUGCAUUCCAGACUCCAGCUCGUUUCUUUUUGAACGCCCCUUAUAUAAGGCCACCUUCAGGUGUGAUGCACUAAGAUAAAUAGAUUUCCAUUCACAUUUGGUAAAUUUACAAGAGGUUCUUUCAUUUUGACCUUCACAGAAACAUUCAUGAAAUGAUUUUUUUAAGUUAAUAAGACAUUAAACUGAGCAAAGACUUGCACAGUGGAUGUUUCUUUGCCACAAAUAUCAUGUUUUAUUACCUUAAAAAUCAUUUCUUGAUAGUUCUGUGAAGGUCAAAAUGAAAAAUCUCUCAUAGGCUUACAGUUGUGAACAAAAAACUCUGUUGAUUGUAGUGCGACACACCAGUAACAAAUGCAUAAAAAGGCCCUGACAAGAAAGCAAAGAAAGCUGUAACACCCAUCUGAAGAUAGAUUUGUAAUCAAUCAGAAACCAGUAAUAGCAUUAAUUGAACUAUUUUAAACUAUACUUGUGACUGGUUGCUGCUUAAAUUACAAACCUUACGAUUUUACUACAGCCAUGUUUCGCAACAUUCGAUGCGAUAGCAGCAAGGCGUUAGGUAUGGGUAUGCUAGGUUGUAGAUAUGCCACCAUUUCACAUAUCUCUCUCUCUCUCUCUCUCUCUCUCUCUGUGUGUGUGUGUGUGUGUGUGUGUGUGUGUGUGUGUGUGUGUGUGUGAUGCUUCCCCUCCCCCCCCCCCCCCCCCCCCCCACACACACACACUCUCACAAAACCACACACAUUCUCCAUUCAUAGCAGUUAUGCCAAAAUCCCAAAGUUGAAAAAGGAAAUGAAAUUGUUUGAAAGAAAUAAUAUUGUAUUUAUGUACAUACUGAGCAUGGAAAAAACUUUGUAUUUAUUUUUGUUAGUUUUUAGUUGUGGAGGAGGCAGCUCAUAAUUCCAUCAUGUGAGUAUUUUGAUUAAGAAGUUGUAUGCAAAAAUAAUACAAUAAAAUCAGGAAAGUAUCAUUGGCAGCACAGAAUGAAUUAUAGUCAUAAACAACAGAGAACUUAAAACUCUGCCUCUUGUAUUUUAUUUUAAAGCUGAUUAAUUAAUUGUAUGUUGAAUUCCAUGCCAUUCAGAAUAGUAAUAUGGAGUGCCACAGAUGUAGUCAAGGGAAAUUUCAUAUUUUUAUGACCAGUGAGUUAAGGCAGACUAUAGAAUUGAAGUGUGAUUUGUAUGAAGUCUUGGAGAACCAGCGCUGUAAAAUAAGCAUGUUGUAUGUUGUUCAUUGUUUUUAUUUAUUCGACGUGCCUAAAAAUGUAACAUAAUGAUCCACGUGACAAAGUAGAGUGUUGGAGACCUGUUAAAUCUGCCAGUGUGAAAGAAUUUUCUUCUUGGCAUAUUAGCCACUGUUGCUAGUCAAAGUGCUCACCAAGUUUAACAGUGCAACAAUUCAGAAUGUAGACUCUCUUUAAUUUCCUAUCUGAUUGUCUCGUUUUACAUUAUGUCUCUCUCUAAAUGAUUUAAAGUGGAUUGUUCUGAUGUCUUUCUCCAAAUAAUAUAAAGUGAUUGUUCUAAUAGUGCCUUAAAGAGAAUUAUCUCAACCUUUGGUGAUUUGAGACAAAGUUUCAGUCUCUAGUAUUCAUUUUUCAGAGGGAGGCUAAGCUAUCCAAAUUUGUAUUUUAACGUUUCUGCAUAUAAUGGAUAAAGCUGCAGCCUUGUUCAGUUAUUCCAUUUGAUUGUGUACAAGUUAAUUUAUGUACUCUUUCUUUUGUUAGUACUUUCUCACGUCAUACCUUAAUUUUCUCAACCUGUAGGUAUAUCUUUAUCUUUUGACUUGUUAGACUUUUGUUUCAAAUAUUAUGUUGUAUUUCCCUGCCAUUCUUUGGAGAUAAAUUAUGUACUUGUAUAUGUAAAGAGUUAAGUGAUAACAGUUUUUGAAUGUGGUCAAGAAUAUACUCAAUAUAGCUCCAUAAAUUGGAAAAUAUUUUCUUUGCUAUUUUUGUAAGCAGGAAAAAUGUAAAAUUAAAUUACUGUAAAAUAUACAUUUUAAAAAAUACAGUACAAUGGUGUUUCAGAAAGUAACCUCAGUAAAAUAAUUAAAAUAUGCUACUCAACCAAGAAUACAAAAUAUAAUCUUUCACUUCUUAGGCUCUCAUCUCACUUCCUGCUUUCUUGAUCAGGACACUUUCCAUCUUGUUGAUCAACACUUUGAUUUCAUAAUGAAAAAAAGAAAGAAAAUCUAUGUAGUUAUGCGUUGCUGCUCCUGAUGUGUUCAUCAUAUACUGUUCUUCGUUCUAUUUAGAUCAUAAACGUCAAGCCCUGGUGACGGCCUCUCACUAUUAGUUAGUGCUUCUUCAGUAACAUACACUGUCAAGUGCUGCAUGUUGGUUCUUCUCAUUUUUAUAAUGCUUCUAAAGAGGAAGAUGAUUAUAGGAAAAUAUGUGAGUCUAUCAGUAAUAUGUUACAAAGCCUGUGAUGUUUGACAGCCUUUAUGAAAUACGUAUCUGUGGGUGUGAGACUGCAUUUAGUACAAAGCUUCAUCCAUCUUCAUGAAUAAUGGCACAUCAUUGCUGGUACUUGAACACUGACAGAAAAUUAUUUCAUCUGUUGACAUUUACGUAUUGUAAGCCCCUCAUUGGCUUGUAGCAUUCUCCCAUACUUUUCCGCCUGUACAAUAGUUGCGUAACUUCAGCAUCUUUGUAUGAAUUGUAACCUUUUAAAGCAGAAAUAAGUAUGUCUGCAUAAAUUUUAUAUUUGGUGCCCUCCUGAAUGCACAGGUUGUCUUAAUAUUGAACUGUGCAUCUGCUUUCCUUAAGAAUAGAUUUUUUACUGACAAAGCAGUUCAUCAGUCCAGAAUAUUUGUUUUGUGAAGAACUGGGAAGCUGCAGUCACUUUCUGAAACAUCCUUCAAAUGUUUUCUAUAGUGGAAAAGAAUAAAUAACAGUAAUAAGUCGUGAAUGUGAUAUAUCUAUGCAUUUUAACUGUUGAAGUUUUCACUUUUACAAAUUUUAUUGCUGAGAAAGCCGAACAAUGAACUAUUGUACAGUUGCAUUUAAUCAUAGUGCUCAGUGUAUUGCUAUGUUUUAAGUUGUAAUUUACAAUUUUAUUGUGUAUUAUAUACAUAUGCCACUAUUUGAGGGUUCAGUUUUAUAGGAUUUUGAUACUCAAGUCGGCAUUCCCAGUCAUCCAUCUCUUUCUUUUUUUAAUAAAUGAAUAAAGAUGAAUAGAAGGGUAUGAGUAGCAAAAUUUAGAGCUGUUCUCAAGCCUACAACAAGACUCAAAAUAAUUUUUACUAGUUGCCUUUCAUGCUUACAGUAUAAGAGGUAUUUCACUGUAACAUGAGAGUUUUAAACUCCAUGUCUUCAUUAUCCUAGAAUGACUACUUGAUGAUACUUCAAAAGACCACUGACACUUGGCUUACAGCAGUUGGCAGCUAUGCUUAGCUACCGGUUGCUGUAAGCAUCUCAGGCACUGCUACGGACAAACUGCCAUAUUACAUCAAAAACAUCUUGAUCAAUAGAAACAGAGCAGUAAACACAAAACAUAAAAAGUAAUACUCUGCACCUAACUGCAAACUUACUUUUUUAUAAGUAGUUGACAUAAUAUUUCUUUUCCUUGCAUUUUGUGUGUGGACAUAAUUCUGAUGUUUAUCAUUCCACCACCUCACAACUGUUUGUUUUUAUGAAAUAAGAAUAAAGGAAAACGUCAUCAAGGAAUAAUGAGAUGGGGUUAUUCAUUGAGAAAACUGUAUUAAGAUAGUGACAACAGCAGCCCAGCAGCUGUAGUGCAAAACUAAUAAACUAAGCCCUGAUAAACUUCUCAUCUGUCUUGUUAGCUUUCCAUAUCUUAUGCGUUCAUUUAUUCAACCCUGCUGUAGCAUCAAGUGUAGGAUUUGUAAUCUACGGAAAUGUGGAACUGUGUCUAGUUUCUAAACACAAUGCUGAUCAUAUUGAUGGGCAUAGAUUUUCACUAAUGUUGAAUGUUACCCUUUCUAUCUAUCUUUCAUUCAUAAUAUAGAUUUUGUUUUUGAAUUUAUUAUUUUCAUUUUUGUUUAUGUAUUUAUCGAAUGUACACUAUGAAGACUGUUGUGAAAUAAUAUCUAAAUUAUAACAUUGCAUUAUGUGAUAUAAUGUGCAAAGAUUGUUACUGUGUAAGAUCUUUAUUGAAACACACACACUUUUAAUCUUCAAAUAUACUUUUAUUGUCAUGUCAGCUUAGACGCUAUUGGUGUUCUUGCCUGCAUGUCAAGGCAUUCUUGAUUUGCAUUACAAUAAAAUUAUGAUCUGUGUUAUUCAUCUUCAUUAUGUCAGCCAUAUUCUCCACGUCAUUGUGUUUUACUUGUGACUUCAUGCAAUCUGUGUAUCCAGGCAUACAUUUUGUAAGUUAAAUUUGUAUAUGUUGCAGUCAAAUACAGGUGUGUUUUAUACAAUAGAAAGUAAAUGGUUUAUAAAUUUUUU